GAUCCAAAAAUGGCGACGAGCCCAGGAAUUUCCUGGUCAGUCAACAUUAAACCCCUUUUGUCGGCUUCAUAUUCAUCUUUUAACAAAGAUUUCCUUCUAGAGUUUAGUAACGCAGUUAUAGCAAGUGAAAAAGAUAUACUCAAACAUGAAGAUGUGUAUGAACCAUUCUACUCUUCAUUUGUUGCCUUGGCAGCCCACUACCUUAGUGCCAGUGCUGGGGAAGUGGCAGCACCUCAUUUAUCCAGUAUCACUGGAGCUUGCAAGGUUCUGCUGGAAUUCCUGCUACAGAGACUUCAAAAUCAAACUGACAGCUGUACCAUAUCUGCAAAAUACUUGAUGAUCUUGAUCAAAGGUCUUUGUAUAGGACUUGGAUGCCUGCCAAAGUCAGACGUUGUCACAUUCAAUGCUAUGUUGAAAUCAGCACAGUUCCCACCUAAUGUUAGAGACACAGAAAAUGCUGAGGCAAGUGAAGAGACUCCUAAAGAAGUAAAGAGAGCCAGAUUAGAAUCUGAAGUGAACUUAUUUGAUCAGAUGACGUCAGUAUUUGACGAGAUAGUGUCACCAGCGCCACCUAUAUCAACAAAAACUGAAACGGCCCCGGCCGAGACUAUUACAGUGGACGGUGAUGUAACCAUUGUACAUAUUACAGACAAUUCCGAAGAAAUGAAGAAUUUAUUUGCCAUAAGAAACCUUGCAUGCCUGGCACAGCUUAAUGGAGGCAAUAUUUUGCUGGAUGUUUGUUUUGAAUUGACGUUCUUGAACCGAUACAUACAAAGAUACAAGGACGCCAUUUCCGGUUCGGCUUUCGUGAUGCCAGCUACCUUGUCUGAUGCCUUGACAACCAGGAACUGUUUUCAGUUGUUGUUGAAUGAUAUAUCAAUAGUAUGGCGAGUGUUUUCACUGCCGAUACUCGAGCCCUUGACCGUGAAGAGACUGGAAAAGAUCAUUACUGUCACAAUGGGAUGUCUGUAUGCGGCUGUUACCGUGGCAACGACAAAUACGAUCAUGAGUCUGGCAAGUGGUACACCUACGAAAACAACGCCAGCCUCAAAAGAAGAAGAUAUAGACAAUUAUGGAAUAAAUAUUGUACAUAAAACACUGGAGAUUUACCACAAUGUGUCACAAGCCAUUCAUAACUCAACAAGAGCAGGUGGAAAUAUUGCUCAGAACUUGAGCCUACUGGCAUCCUGGCUAUUACUGCAAGGGUUACAGGGUAUUUUGACCUUGACCCCUGGAAUGAUCCUUGAAAGAAAGGACAGUAAGUCCCGCCCAUCCAGUGCUAGUGGCACAGAAGCCCAGUCGCCCAGGUCGUCACAGAGUGGUGGGCGGCCAAGCUCAGCUAAAAGCUCUUGUCAAGGGUUAGGUGUGCUGUCAGUAGCACUGGGACUACAGGCUGUGCAGCUGUUACACAGAUUGUUUGACGAUCUACAAACUGAGGGCGUGAUGCCCAGUCUUAGCGGUACCUCUCAGUCCACCAGUAUGCAGACAACCACUGGAAAGAGCUUAGACUUGACACUACUGGCACCGCUGCCUGCCUGGAAACGUGUACAGAAGCUUAUGUCAGCCAUCAAUAUACCAGACUUGAUGUUCACUCUCGUACCCACAGCCCUGAAGAAGGCUUGUUUAAUGAAGAGAUUAAAGCAAGGGUCAGAGACAUCAGAAACGAGCAGCAGUAGUGCUUCCGACUCCAACACAUUCUACGAAGAUGAUUUUAGUAGCUCAGAUGAAAGCUCAGAAGAAGACGAUGACGAUUACGAGCCUAUCUUAGGACAGUGGAUGGAGGAAAUAAUGUCCCCCUCAUCGCCAAAAGAGGCUGAACCACCUCAAUCCCUCCCUCAGAAGUUUGAGGGUGAAAGUGGAGGAAAAAGAUCGAGGAAAAUUAGCGCAGGGGAUGGGAACACACUUAUUCCUGAUAAAAGAGAACCAGAUGGGUAUAUAAGCCUGGCAUCCGGGGUACUUCAGUUCCUUAACACAUACUUUAUCAGCACUGGUGAUGAAGUGCUUCAAAAAUUCCUCCGUGAUUCUCUCACUGAAGAACACAUGGCCAAUCUUGCUAUUGUCAUCAAAGACAUGGAUAAAGAAUCAACUAGGAUCAGUUCUGACAAGACAUUUGACAAGUUAUCCGUGGCAUUAUCCAGGUUCAAUCACAAUCUAGUAGCUAAAGGAUGUAUAAGUGAUUCUCUACAGGACACCCUUUUGAUAAAUCUUGGUGUGAACACGAGUGAGGGCGACUCAUGGCCACUGACUGUGUACCCGAGAACACUUGCCGUUCUAGCGGAAGUCAUUCUUCUCCGACAGCAGAGGGAGCGAGAGGCGAAACAACUUGUCAGUCAGACUGAGACUAAUAUUAUAACCAUAUGGACGAGAUUUAUGAACACCCUGACCAACAAUGUGCUCUCGUCUGGCAACAAAACAGACCCAAAUGAUGAUGUGAAUGUGGAGCACAUGCAGUUGUUGUUGUUUCUGUUUCACAGUCUUCACUUAAUGCAGAAAAAACAGCUUCUAUUACUACUAGCACAGAAUAUUAUACAGGUGGAAGCCAUGGAUAAGAAGGUCCUACAUGAUACUGUGCCCGUGUCAUUGAGCCGCCUCAUGCUGAUAUUUGAUUAUCUCCUUCACAACUUCUACGACCCGCCUGCAGAACUGUUAGAACAAGUACAAUGGAACCUGUUUACUGUGCACACACUGAAUCAGGGAGCUGACCAGGACUUGAACCUGCCCAAGCAUAGCAUGUGGUUUCAGAUACCGGAAAUUGAGGACAACUUUAGGAAGUACCUUACACCUCAGGAGGUCACUGAUGUCGGAGCGCUUAAGCCUAGAUUCUACCAGAUUGGUCCCAAUAUUGUGAAUAGCCAGCAGACGCCAAAAGUGGAUGGACUGGCAUGUAGUUUCCUGUUGUCCACAUCAGAUCAGCUGGACUAUGGUCGCCUAUAUAAUGCAUGUGUGUCAUUGUUUCUGGCAGGCACUGGAGCAGAUAAGGUCAAGGACAAACUAACUAUACUGGAAUCUUGUAUGAUACAGUACCAUUUUAACAUCAUGUGGAACCUGUUGUCAUGCCUACCUCCAUCAGUGGAGUUUCUCUGGCUUCUAGAAAGUAACACUAUUCAAAUGUCCAAUGCAUAUGUUUUACAUUCAUUGAGAUGGGCCCAACGGUUAGGGCAUAAAGUGUACAUUGGUUGGAUAAAGGAUAGUUUGGUGAAGCAAGGACUGACAACCCAGCAGAGUGAGUCUCUAGUUUCAGGAGCAAACAAAGCUGCAAACUGUGUGAACUUUGACGUGAGAUUGAGCAUGAAUUUCAUUCAAGAUCUGAUCACCAGUUUACCCAUGACGUCACAGAAAGACAUUAUACCAUCAGAGCGACUACCUGGUCUCCAGUUAACUUUACUGCUGGACAUUGUCGUGGCGAAACUACAGGUCUCUCUUGAUGAAACUUUCAGCAAUGUUACAACUGAAACAGACCCCCACAAGUCCAUGGAUAUUGCCCAAGAAUUGAUACCUGCCACAUUACUACUAGUGGAAUCCUACAGUGUCUUUGUCAGAUCGAGCAUUCUAAGUCAACUCUCCGUAUUGGAGGAGAACACACUGUCACCACGGCAACUAGAAGCUAUCUCCUUGGUGAUGAGCAUAUCGUCAAGUCGUGCCAGCAAGGUGUCGGUUCUGGGUGCAGAACUUAUAUCCUCCCUACCGAACCCGAUUAAGACAAUGAUAGAGGCAUGGAAUAGCUCGGCAAACACAGAUUAUCCUAGUAUUGGAAGCUGGAGGAAUGCAUUUGCCAAUGAUAUUUUACCUGGUGAAAGUUAUACUGAUGCCUUGCAAAAAGCUCAUAUUGGAAAACUAUCUGAGGGAAAGUUUACGGUGAAUUCAUCAAUGAGGCAUUUAUUACAUGCCCUGUGUAAACUGGCUUUUGACUUGUUCACCUGGUGUCAUGACAAUGAAAGCAGUACAGAGUUGGUGAGAGUGAUGUUCCCUCUCGUAUUUGAUGUUUCAACUGAAUAUCUAGCGGAAAUGAUAACACAGUCAUUGGAUAAUUACCUUGGACCGAUUGAUGGGGAGAAGUUUACUGAGGAGAUGUACAUGCAUGUAAUCUCCGUCUGUCAUAAACUUAUCACAGAAUAUACGGACACCGAGAGCAAACUGGAUGAAAAAGUUUUCUGUGAUUGCCUGAAGUUUAUGGAGAACCACCUAGACAAACAAACAGCGUACAAAUCUUUUGAGAAGUUCUACUCAACCAAUGAUUUGACAGCAGUGUUACUGUCAUCUGCUAAAGAGAACCUCUCUCCAACAUUUGCUGGCCAUGUGCUCAAGUUCUUCAAUAAAUUACUUUCACUUGCUGAUGGAAAUAAGAAUAGUCAGACAUACAAGGACUUGUGUAAGUCACUAAACAGACUAGCAGACAUGGACAUAGCACUUCUACAAGCUUGGCUCUCUAAGUUUGUUGUUCUACCAAAAGUAAGACAUUUUUUAUUUUACGGAAGGAGCGGACAUCUUAUAUUAUUUCAAGCAGCAACAACUUGGCUUAAACUCUGCACAGUUCAUGUGGCGCAAAAGGACGUUCAAGAGAAAAUGUUACUUAACAGCAAGUCUGGAAAGAAUUUGAUGAAUUCAUUAUGCUGUUUGCUGUCAUACAUUGGAGAGAUACUGGUUGCGUUGAAGAAAUCCGGGGACCAGACUGGUUCUACCUCUCCACCAAUAGAACAUGAGAUCAGUAUCGCCCAGGAGAUUGACAGUGACUGGGAGGAAGAUCUGAGUCAUGAUGAUGAUGAUACUGCUGGUGAAGAUUCUGAUGAAGAAUCAUUGAACAACAAGCUGUGCACAUUUACAGUUACUCAAAAGGAGUUUAUGAACCAGCAUUGGUAUCAUUGUCACACAUGUAAGAUGGUAGAUGGUGUGGGCGUGUGCACUGUGUGUGCGAAGGUGUGCCACAAAGACCAUGAUCUCACUUACGCCAAGUUUGGAUCGUUCUUCUGUGACUGCGGCGCAAAAGAAGAUGGCAGUUGCAAAGCUCUGGUAAAGCGUACAGCACAGAGUGGUUUACACAACGGUGAAAUAAACAGCUCACCUUCUCCGUUCUCCAUGGAAACCACAUUGCCGAGUUCCCUGCGACGACGUCUGUCAUCCCCACUUCAGGCCGAUAAGAGAAUGGAUGAAACUAAAGAUCAGAUUGGAAAAGCAAGGAAAAUACUAUGUCAGCAGUUAGAGGGAAGUAAAGAACAGCUUAUUAGCACAUUGACUGGUUCAGAAACAAUUCAGACUGUGUUAGACAUGUUAGACUGUAUCCUACCAUCUUUGACAGAGAAUUACCAGACAAUGUCACCAAUGGGAAGUCUACAGAGGGCACAGUCUGCUCUCAAUGAUUUACAUACACAUGCCAAAACUACCGAGACAACUGACCAACUUAUGGCUGUUACGUUGGGAUCCCAAGAGGGUGCAUUUGAAAAUGUGCGAAUGACGUAUGUGGGCGACCAGGGACUACAGAUUCGCCAGUUGAUUACAUCUCACAUGCUACGUCGUGUUGCGAUGUGCGUAUUGGCAUCCCCACAUGGUAAAAGACAACACCUAGCAGUGAGUCAUGAAAAAGGAAAGAUAACCAUUCUACAGUUGUCCGCCCUUCUUAAACAGGCCGACUCGAGCAAAAAGAAGUUAACUCUUACAAGACUAGCAUCAGCUCCUAUACCAUUCACUGUGUUGUCUAUUAAUGGAAACCCAUGCAAUGAGGAUUACCUAGCAGUGUGUGGCUUAAAGGACUGCCACGUUCUGACGUUCACAAGUUCUGGGUCAGUAUCUGAUCACCUGGUACUGCAUCCGACCUUGGCCUCUGGAAACUACAUCAUCAAAGCCUUGUGGUUGCCAGGCACCCAGACAGAACUAGCCAUAGUAACAGCCGAUUUUGUCAAGAGUUUUUGUGCACCUUUAGCAAAAGACCUGUCCUCUACACCUGUUGUGUUCCCGAUAACUUUCAAAAGUUCAAAUGGUGGAGGAAAAGGUAACACAGGGCAUCAAGCCUUGGUCCAGUGGUCAGAGGUACCAGGCCACACAGGUCUACUGUACUGUAUGACCCAGGCCACCAACAACCCGGUAGUCCUCAUGAUAAAACCAGACACUCUGAUGAUACAAGAAAUAAAGGUGGUACCAGCCAAGGCAAAGAUACAAGAUGUAGUGGCUAUCAGGCAUAAUGCAUCCAACUCGGAUCAGCAAAGAACCACAAUGAUACUAUUAUGUGAGGACGGGAGUCUGAGGAUAUACAUGGCGAAUGUUGACAAUACCAACUAUUGGCUGUCACCUACCCUACAGCCACAGAGUCCCAUAUCUGUACUCAAACCCACCAAGAAGAAAAAGACAACAAAAUCUGGACGGCCAACUGGCUCGGUAAAUUUUCCAAUUGACUUCUUCGAGAAUUGUCAGCAGUCGAAUGAUAUUGAGUACGGAGGGAACGACGUUUUACAGAUUUAUAACAUACAACAAGUGAAACAUAGACUUAAUACUACAGGAAUGUAUAUCGCCAGUACUAAACCAGCUGGGUUUACUAUUGAGAUGACAAACACAAGCGCCACAACAGUCAUGGUAGGGGUGCGAGUCUCUGUUGGGAGCCAGUCGGUGGAGCGAGCACCCACAUACCUGGAGGUAUUUGGCAGGACAGUGCAGGUCCAGUGUUUAAAACCUAGAUGGGUAGAUCUACCAUUUACCAGGGAGGAGUCAUUAAAUACAGACAAGAAAUUCUCCCUAUUCAUUGGCCCAAGUACGGAUCCGGCAGGUGUGACAAUGGUUGACUCGAUCAAGGUGUUUACAAAAACAAAGGAAGCGUUUGGCUGGCCAGAGGAACCGGACGAGUUUACCGAACAAUCAGCACCGAAACCGACUCCAUCAGUGGUGUCUGCUUUACCGAAUACUUCUGAAAUGGACACAGUGACCUCGGCACUAGCUUACAUGCCUCUAACUUCAGCUGACAAGUUACUGAGCAGCUCUUUGGAAGUUUUGGAUGGGGCAUUCUCAGCUCUACCGGCUGAUGAAAAGGAUCCACUAAGAGAGAAAACUUUGAAAACGGCCACUAAUCUACUGACACUGCCAACACCAUCAAGUGUACAACAACACACAAAAGCUUUAUUAGCUUCCCUAUUCCUUAACAAGACAGUAUACCAUGGACAUAAGGAUGAGACUGAGCUCUGUCAUGUAAUGCAAAGUCUCCGUGGCAACCAGGAUGGACAUGCAAUGGAUGUGGAAGCAUUCCAAAGACUCCUGGUUACUGCCCGAUCUGUAGCUGUGGCCCGGCCUCAAAAUUUGGUGAAAUUUGCUAACAGACCAGCUGGUUCCGACGAAGACAAAGAAGUAUUAGAGGUAACAGAUUUGGAGAAAGAGGACGCAGUAGUGACAGUAGGUGAGCUAGAGCCUCAGGAAGGCUGCCAUUUUGUUACCCAGUUGAUGAAUUCCUUCUGGAAACUUCUGUCAUCAAGACCACCUAAUCCUAUGCUAGCACCUGUUUGUUUACCAGGUCUUGCCCAUGUGGAUGCCACAGUUUUGGCACUGGUAGAGGUUAUUCACGCCUUCACAUUAUCCGACCUGGACAAUCUACCGUUGGCGACAAAACUAUAUUCCAAGCUUCUCCUGCACCAAGAUCAUGUUGUAAGCUUCGCCUGCAAGCAAGCUAUGAUUCGAUCUCUGAGAACACGAGCGAGAAGGAAAAGAGUGUAUAUACCAUCUCCACCUAGGUGUAGCUCCCCUGGUGAGGAAGAUGAAGAAGGUGCUGCCAAGGGAGAUAAACAAGAACCAACCAUGAUUCAGUCCCUUACUAUAAGUGAAGCCCCAGAUGCUGAUGAUUUGGAGCAGUAUGAAAUUGUAGAGGGAAAUGAGCCCAUGGUUUUGGAGCCCUCAGAACCAGGUCAAGGUCACCCGCUACAGGCCCUGUUACAGAGAGGGGCUAACUUUAACCCAGUAGUUGAUAUUCCCCCAGAUGCUGAUGAUGAAACUAUGGUAGAAUUGGCUAUAGCUCUUAGUCUUCAAGAUCAGAGUGGUGGUGGCCUUGGAUUGCAAGGGUUGAGAUUGGCAAGUCAACAACAGAAUGUUGGGAACUAUGAGGACAGUCAGAUGUCGGACACGACGGCCUCGGCCCCAGGUAGUGAUGAUGAGAUAGGGAGCAAUGCUGCCACUGAUGGGUCAACACUGCGGACGUCGCCGGCCGAUCAUGCUGGUAGCGGAGGCUCGGAGAGUGGCGGCAGUGCAGAGGAAUCUAUCUCUGGAGAACAUAAUGCUAGUGGACGAAGCAGUAUGUACGGGGACAGGGACCGUGGACCUAGAAGUGAGACCAGCAGUCUUGGAGCACCUAGUGGUACAAUGCCUCAUGAUGUGAAUGAAACAGAAACAGAACGGGAUAACUCCUCAAGAUUACACAGUCUUCGUUUGAACUUAUUAGAGAAGUUGUUACAGUUCUUGCCAAGUGUUUCAAAGCAAGGUGGUGUGGCUGCUAUUCCAUUUAUGCAGGUCUUGCUAAUGUUGACCUCUGACCUUGACGCUGAGGAGGAAAAAGAUCGCACAGCACUAGAUAACAUGCUGCAGGCGUUGUUGGUGGAACUGGAUCUGUCCGGUGCCGGGCUCGACACUGUGUCAUGCAGGAGUAAGGCGAUGGAAGUGAAACUCGUGUACAUGAGACUAUUAAGUGUACUACUAUCAAGGACUAAGGCAGGGACAAAACCAUCUACCGAGUCGUCAUCAUUUGUGAGUAACACAACAGCCAAUGCCUUGUUGUCCAGUGGAACAAUCACUUACUGUUUGACCAUACUACAGAAUCUUCUACCAUACUGGAGAAACUACAAUCCAGCAGAGGAGGAAACAGCUCCAUUGCCAGGACAACUGUUGAAGCCACGCCCAACAUCACCACCCCCAGAUAUGAGCCCAUUCUUCCUUAGGGAAUAUGUUAAAGGACAUGCAAAUGAUGUUUUUGAAGACUAUCCUCAGUUGUUGACAGAGAUGGCCCUUAGACUUCCGCAUCAGUUGAAGAAGAUUGGGGACAGUGUUCAAGGUGUGGCCACGGCCACGUUUGAUCCAGCGUGGAACACAACACUGGCAGAGUACAUGAUGACUCAGAGAACACCAUUUGUUAAGAAACAAGCUAGAAAAUUACUGUUGUUUAUCAGUGGAUCUCGAGAAAGGUAUCGUGAGAUACGUGAUCUAUACUCUAUAGAGAAAAACUUGAAUGCUGUCAUAGAGCAGUGCAACAAGAGUGGAUUAUCCACAUCAGAGAUAGCUCCACACAGUGUCAUACUACCUUACGACUCUCUCCUCGUUCUCAUUGAACAUUUGAAGGCAUGCGCUGAUAUAGCUGCAAGUAGACCAGUCAACUGGCAGAAAUACUGCACUGCAAACCAAGAUGUCAUACCAUUCCUUGUAAAAGCAAGUAUCUCAUUGGACGAAGGCGUGGCACCUACACUUCUACAACUGUUACAAUGUGCUAUAUGUGGAACAGCUAUCGUCAAGGUGGCACAGUCGCAAGACAUUGCCUUGGGAACAUCACCAAACAAACAGAAGAAGGACAAAGAUAAAGACAAAGAUAAAAAUGAUGAUUCUGAUGACGGACAGAAACACGAUGAGUCUCUUUGUUCAACACUCAUACAGCUUUUAAACAGAACUAUAGACAGAGAUUUGAUGAUGCACUUUGUUAGGACAUUCCUGCUGGAAUCUAACUCCACGUCUAUCAGAUGGCAGGCUCAUUCCCUUAUACACCAGAUUUACAAGAAUUCCAGUCUGCAAGAACAAGAUGGAGUUUUAGAUCAGUUGUGGACUUUGUGGAAGGAACUACCAUUGUAUGGAAGGAAGGCAUCUCAGUUUGUAGACCUCCUUGGCUACUUUGUGUUGGUUACACCACAAACAUCAGAGAAAAAGACAAAAGAGUAUCUUGAUAGAGCCAUUGACCUACUGAAGGAUGAGAACCAGAUACUGGCUAAACAUCCUAAUGCACAGAUUUACAAUAUGCUGCAAGGCCUGGUGGAUUUUGAUGGUUACUACCUGGAAAGUGAUCCUUGCCUAGUCUGUAACAACCCUGAGGUUCCUUAUACGAGUCUCAAGUUGUCCAACAUCAAGGUGGAUUCAAAGUUCACCACAACCACACAGAUUGUUAAAUUGGUUGGAAGUUACACCAUCUCCAAGAUAUCUCUGAGGAUUACAGAACUCAAGAGAACUAAAAUGGUACGAGUGAUGAACAUCUACUACAAUAACAGGACGGUUCAGGCAGUAGUCGAACUGAAGAACAAACCAGGACUUUGGCACAAGGCCAGAAAGAUGACCCUAACUGCAGGUCAAACAGAUGUCAAGGUCGAGUUUCCAAUACCUAUAGUGGCGUGCAACCUGAUGAUAGAAUAUGCUGAUUUCUAUGACAACCUACAAGCCACAAGUGAGACAUUACAAUGUCCCCGCUGCAGUGCCUCUGUCCCUGCCAACCCUGGCGUGUGUGGUAAUUGUGGCGAGAAUGUGUUCCAGUGUCACAAAUGCAG